CUCAUCCUUCUUACAAUUAUUACAAAAUCAAUUAGUAAUUAUAUAUUAGUUAAAUAUAGUUUCAAACAAGGGAAAAAAUGGGAUCAAAGGCAUUUAUGAUUAUUGUUUUGGCUAUUUUUCUUGUGAUAACCUCAGAGGUUGCCGCUAGGGAGUUAGCUCAAAGAUCCACUACUUCUUUGGAUAACGAACAUGCAAAUGAUGCCAAACUUCUAGGAAUAGGAUUUCAAGGAUAUUUAGGAGAUGGAAUAGGAGGACUUCCAGGAAUAGGAGGACUUUCAAGAUCAGGAUUUGGAGGAGUCGGAUUUCCAUGGGGAGGAUAUGGUGGUGAUGGUGGUGGUCGUGGAUAUUAUGGUGGUUAUCCAAGAGGAGGAUAUGGUGGAUUUUAUCCUGGAAUUGGUUAUGGUGGAAGAGGAUACCCUAGAGGUGGUUGGUAUGGAGGAUUGUCUCGCAACUAAUUAAAUAAUUACAUACUGAGGAAUAUUUAUGUAUACCUCUCUAAUGUAUCAAUUAUUACGUUCACGAUAAAUAUUGAGUAGCCAAGUGUUAUUCAUAUUUAUAUAUAUUUGUAUUGUGUGUUAAAUUAAUAGGUAAUGUAGUUUUGUUGUUGAAAGUAUGAAUAAAUAAAUGUAUCAUAAAUCUCCAUUCACUUACUAUGAUGGAUGUUCAUGAUCAUGUAAUGUUUCUUUAAAUAAUAAUAAUAUAAUUAUCAUAGAA